ACUCUGCUGCAGCAGCCAAGAAGAAAUUUCUAGUCAGCAGCAAAGCUCUCACCUUUCCCCUCCUCCCAAACACAACAACCACAACAACAACAAAAAGCUCUCACCUUUCACACUCGCAUCACACACGCUCUCUCACUCUCACUCUCACUCUCACUCAGCUCGAGCCACAGCCGAGAGAGAGCCAUCCAUGGCGGUGAGCAACAACAUCACGGCGUGCGUCAACUUCCUGGCGCUGGUGUGCGCCGUCCCGGUGGUGGCCACGGGCGUCUGGUUCGCCUCCAAGCAGGGCGACGACUGCGCCCGCGUCGCGCGCUGGCCGCUCGCUAUCCUCGGCGCCGCCCUCCUCCUCGUCGCCCUCGCCGGCUUCGCCGGCGCCUACUGGAACCGCCGGGGCCUCCUCGCCGCCUACCUCUUCGCCAUGGCCGCGCUCAUCACCCUCCUCCUCGCCCUCCUCGUCUUCGCCUUCGCCGUCACCCGCCCCUCCGGCGCCUACCCCGCCUUCGCCCGCGCCUACGACGACUACCGCCUCGACGGCUACUCCACCUGGCUGCGGGACCGCGUCGCCGGCGACCCUCGCCGGUGGGAGGGGAUCAGGGCUUGCCUCGCCGCCUCCGACACCUGCAGGAAGCUGGCGCAGGAGAGCGUCUUCUUCAUCACCCCCGAGCAGUUCUACCAAUCACACCUCACCCCGCUCCAGUCGGGCUGCUGCAAGCCGCCGACGGUGUGCGGGUACGCGUACGUGAGCCCGACGGUGUGGGUGAACCCGGCGAACCCGGCUGCGGACGCGGACUGCGCCGCGUGGGGGAACGACCCGUCGCAGCUCUGCUACGAGUGCAGCUCCUGCAAGGCCGGGAUGCUGGGCACCCUGCGGGAGCAGUGGCGCAGGGCCAACGUCGCCCUCGUCAUCGCCACCGUCGCGCUCAUCUUCUUCUACGUCAUCGGCUGCAGCGCCUUCAAGAACGCGCAGACCGAGGACCUCUUCCGCCGCUACAAGUGGCGCAACUGAUCGGCGCUGCUGUCUGAUGAUCAAUCAGCUCCUCGCCGGUGCCGGUUUGCUUAACUUCUUGCUCUUGGCUCUUGCUACAUAGUAUCAGUAUUAUAUCUGCUGAUUAAUUUUACAGUGCAUUGUUCUGUUCUGAAGAUUACUGGAUGCUGCUAGUUUGUUUUGUUGAUCUAGUGAGUACAAUCUACGGGCUGGUUUCAAAGCUUAGCCAAAUGUAUAUAUGUUGCCGGCUUGUGUUGUUGGCACGGGUUGUCAAAUUUGUCAUGGUCGUACCUACCGUCAGACUGAGUACUCUUUUGCUGUAUUAUUGAUAUAAUCCGUGUUUAGUUCUUUGGCCAAUUUUUUUUUAA